AUGAUUGGAAUAUUGUUACUCGUUUCCGCCGUGACACUCGUCUACGUCUACCUCAAGUGGAACUUCAGCUACUGGGACCGCAAGGGAUUCCCCUCUGCUGGGGCUACUAUUCCUUUCGGAGUCCUGGAUUCUGUUACGAAAGGAAAGAGGUCCUUCGGCAUGGCCAUCAGCGAUCUGUACAACUCCACGAAGGGAUCUAUAGUGGGAAUGUACAUCACCCUGCGACCGGCUUUGCUAAUCCGAGAUGCUCAGCUGGCGCACGAUGUCCUGGUGAAGGACUUCAGCAGCUUCCACGAUCGGGGAGUCUAUGUGGACGAGGAGAACGAUCCCAUCUCGACCGGCCUGUUCUCGCUGGAGGGAGCCAGUUGGAGGGCCCUGCGGACCAAGCUCUCCCCCUCGUUCACCUCCGGCAAGUUGAAGGCCAUGUUCGAGACCUCCGACGCAGUGGGCGAUAAGUUGGUGGCCCACUUGAACACUCUACUGCCACAAUCGGGCAGCAAGGUGGUGGAAAUAAAGGAGCUCUUUGCCACGUAUGCUGUUGACAUCAUAGCCUCGACUAUUUUCGGCCUGGAUGUAGACAGCUUCGCGAAUCCCAACAAUGAGUUCGUGGACAUCAGUAAGAAGUUCAACCGCAACACCUUCACCGACAAGGUUCGUGGAGCCACUCUACUUCUGUAUCCUGGCCUAGAAAAGGCCUUCGUGCGCUUGGGCUGGAAGCAGGAGGCCACUGAGGCCAUGCGUGAGCUCUCCAGCCGGACAAUCGAUCUCAGGGAGAAGAACAACAUCGUUCGAAAGGAUAUGCUUCAGCUACUGCUGCAGUUGAGAAACCAGGGAAAGAUCAGCACCGACGAUUCGGUCUGGACGGCGGAGCACUCCAAGCAGGGAGUGAAGAACAUGUCCAAGGAUCACAUUGCGGCGCAGCUGUUUGUGUUUUAUGGCGCUGGUUUCGAGACCACAUCAGCCACAGCAUCCUUCACACUCUUCGAACUCUCCCAGAAUCCCGAGGUGAUGGCUAAGGCGAAGGAGGACGUUAGAGAAGCCAUUGAAAGGAAUGGUGGCAAGCUGAACUACGACGCCGUCCAAGACAUGAAAUAUCUAGAGGCCUGUGUUUUAGAGACCGCUCGCAAGUAUCCUGCUCUUCCGAUUCUAAACAGGGUCUGCACCCAGGACUAUCCCGUCCCCGAUUCCAAGUUGGUGAUUCAGAAGGGCACUCCCAUCGUGAUCUCCCUCAUCGGAAUGCAACGCGAUGCCGAGAACUUCCCCGACCCUCUAAGCUACCAGCCCGAACGAUAUUUGGAUGGAAAUCAGGACUAUAAUCGGGCCGCCUUCUUGCCUUUCGGUGAUGGACCGCGAGUGUGCAUUGGAGCCCGCAUGGGUAAGGUGAAUGUUAAGCUGGCGCUGGCCAAGGUCCUUACCCAUUUCAAUGUGGAGAUCAGUCCGGAGAAGCGGGAAAUAGAGUUCAGUCCCCACGGACUUACCUUGGUAGCCGAGGGGGGCGUGCCCAUCAGGAUCUCCCGCAAGCAGUAG